CGGUGGGCAGCAGUCCAACGAGUACAAAUAAAAUGUCGAAAUUCACAAAAUUCGUAAUGGAUGAGAAGGCAUGGGAGGUACCAGAUGUAUAUGAGAUCGAACGGCUUCUUGGCGCUGGAUCCUUUGGCCAGGUUUCAAAAGCGAAAUUGCGGGGAGGCGAUGUGAAUGUUGCAAUCAAGAAACUACUGCAGCCAUUCGAAACCGCAGAGCAUGCCAAACGAGUCUAUCGCGAAAUACGUCUGCUGAAGCAUAUGGAUCACCCGAAUGUGAUUAGUUUACUGGACGUAUUCCAUCCUUCUUCGCCUUCUCCCACUUUGGAGAACUUUCAGCAGGUGUAUUUAGUGACUCAUCUAAUGGAUGCAGACCUUCAUAAAACCAUACGGUCACAAAAGCUCUCGGACAAUCAAAUUAGGGUGAUCCUCUAUCAGAUACUCAGGGGCUUAAAGUAUAUUCAUAGUGCCGGAGUCCUUCAUCGCGACCUGAAGCCUGGAAACAUUGCUGUGAACAAAGACUGUGAGCUGCGUAUUCUGGAUUUCGGCAUGGCACGAUUGAACAGUAAAGAUAUGACAACUUAUGUGACGACGCGAUGGUACCGUGCCCCAGAGAUCCUCUUCUGCUGGAGAAACUAUAGCAAGGCAAUUGAUAUGUGGUCUGUGGGCUGUAUCUUUGCCGAAAUGAUUACGGGGCGACCGCUCUUUCCAGGAAGGGACUAUACAAAUCAACUUGAUUGCAUAAUCGAUGUAAUGGGCACACCAUCGGACGCGUUCAAAAGCAAGAUUGACUUAGAAAGUGCUCGCACCUACGUGGAAUCCUUACCCAGGAGGACCAAAAGCGAUUUUACGGAACUUUUCGGUAUGGUAAAUUCUCAGGCCGUGGAUUUAAUAGAGAAAAUGCUAGUAAUGGAUCCGGAAAAUCGCAUAACCGCCGAUGAAGCAUUGAGACAUCCUUUCCUGAAAAACUUGGUGCAGCCUCAACACAACGACGAGGACACUGCUCCACUUUACGAUCAAAAUUUUGAGAACAUGGAUUGGCUUUCUGUUAAGUGUUGGAAGGAGCUUGUGCUAAAUGAAAUCAUGAAUUUCAGACCUCCUCCCGCCUACGGAAAAGUUUUGAAUAGCGCAAUGUGUCAAGGGGAUCAAUUGUGAUAUUAAUUUUGAUAAGAUAUACAUUGUAUGUACUUUUUAUAUUUCCUUUUUUUUAAUAAACCAGUCGUACUCUACUGUAUAAUCGCAA